UUUGCCAAAGCUUUUAGAUUGAUCCGAUGGGAUUUAAUUCAGACUGAGAUGAAAACGGGAAAGGAAGAUUUAAGGGGAUUUGUUCUCACCAAAAGAGAUUUCAGUGAUGGCGAGGUUGGAGGUCCAGGAUUUAGAACUUGCAUGGUGGUUGUGAGUUGGUUCCAAAAACUUCCUGUACAACUCGACCUUCCAGCCUUUAUAGAUUCAUGAGACAGUGCUAUUGAUUUAAGCAGGUGUAAAGGCCCCUCUCCUGCCAACGAAAAUUAAAUCAUGUCCAAGGGCCACCAGAUUAUUGCACAAGACACCAACAGCCUAGGACACCUUUAUGUCAGACAGGCUGACAGUAUUCAUUUUAUUUUAACCUUUAACGGCAGAAAAGAAACAGCCAAAACUUUCCCAGAAUUUGUUUUCUCACAAAGACUUGUACAGGUUCAUAAAUCAAUCACCCAGAUUGUCAUCUGAGAUUUCAUUUAGUUUAUUAGAACAAUUCAAAAACUCAUGUUAUGUAGCAUCAUUACACAUAAAAUGUAGGACUUUAAGUUUAUUUCAUUUAAUGUUGCUCAGAAUAGCUUAGAGCUAACGAAGACCAAGUUUUUCAAAUAUCCAGUAGACAGUCAGUGACAAGGAAGAUCACCCACAAAAGUGGUGCAUCCUAGCAAAAAUAGUUUAGUGUAAGGAAAAACAGUGAUUCAAAUUUGUUAUUGAGUGGAUUAAAAGAAAAUAAGUGAAAUGUAAAAAUUAUAGUUCCACUGUGCUUGAUUAGCAACUGAAUUCACCUGACAUAAACUCUUGAGGCAAUGUAUAAGCUAAGCUCCAGAGGAAAAUACUAGACCCAACAUAACAUCAUCUUUGUGCCACACCCUAGUUAUGUGGCAUUCAUACAAAAGGAGCUGCUAAAUACUGAGUACAUAUACCUUACAAUAUGUACAAUGAGGCAGGCUGACAUUUAUGUAUUUAAAAAAAAAUCACUAUUUAUGGACCAGUUUAAUAUUCAAAUUUUCAAAGAAACAUUAUUGCUAGUUUUCAUUUAAAGAUUUCAUAUAAUCAUCAAACUUAACAGAAAUAGACACUUGUAAUCACUCUGAAUUAUAUGAGUUUCACUAGUUUUCAGUGAUGUUCUGUUUUACUGAGAUGCACCUGUAUUAUGAUUAUGAUUAUUUUAGGCUGGGGAUUGUCUAUUAAAACCUCAAUCGUGCAAUGUAUUUACAUUCUGCUCAGUUUCCCCUCUCAAUUUAUUCGGGAUCUGUGCUCAUCCUCCCAAAGAAACCCAGUGAUUGAGUUCUUUACUCUGUUGACUAAGCUAAUUAAGUUUAUAAAAAAAGUCUAUGUUUCUUAAUCAAAUCAUUGCUGUAAAUAAUUUCAAUCAAACUUUUAACACACUUCCACAAAUUGAUAUCAACUCAAUUUAGCUGUGUGGUUUAGUAUACACAUUGCUCAGUGCUUUCAACAAUCAUUGGUCGUAAGUCGUCUAAGGUCUUCAUGUUGUGUGUGUGUGUGUGUAUGGUGAGCAUGCUCAGACCAAUUUCAAUCCCUUUCAUGAACGACUGAUUAUCAGAAUCUGUAGCCUAAGUCCAGGCACAGCAGCAGCAUUAAAUUCUUCAGUGCAAGCGGAAGACGAGGGGAAAGAGUCGGCAUGGCCCACAAAAGCGACUGUAAGUUAGAAUCUUUUCAGCACUUUUGUAGUUUUUUUUUUUGCUAGAGGAGUUGAUUAUAAUUGAGAUUCAGAUUCUAAUAUGAGAGAAAAAGAGAGAAUGAGUGUCACCAAUUAAAUGCCUAGAUGACAUAUAACACCACUCAGUGAAACCGGAAACCUUUUGUUUGUUGCCUCAAGAUUUCACCUUGAUUGGAUUUUUAUCAGCAGUGCAUUUGAGACCUAAUUGUAUUCCAUCACACAAUGACUCAUGCUUGGAAUGUGAAAAUGAAAUAAUAGGCUAAUAAUUUCAAUUGUGAGUUUCACCUCAGGUUGUCAUGCAAAUGGAGGUUUUGUAUCAAAGCUCAAAGGCAUUAAUUACAAUGAAAACGGUAAGAUUCUGUAAGAGGUAUAUUGAUGGCUGUAUUUUUUAAAAGCAUUAGGUAAGCUUACUGAGCCUAUUAUGAAAUCCAUCAGGAAUUUAUUAUUGCGACAACAGGCAGAUUAGUCUCACUGAAAACUCUUUUCCUUUCCCCUCCCUUUCUUUUUUCAGUCCAGUUCUCCAUCAGGGAAUACAAACUCUCAGAUCAAGAUGUGGUCAUGUCACUCUUUCACGAUGGGAUACUUGAACAUGUUUACCCAGCGUUUUUCAAGGCAAUAAGCAAUCCAGACCAUGUCGGGAUUGCUCUCAGUAUUUCCAUGGCUGGCUACGUCCUUGGAGGUAGCUCCUAUUUCCAAGCAUUGCUCUUUGGGACCCUUUGGGCUGGCUUUAUUUAUUACUGCUGCCAUGACAUCUACGAUAGCUACAUGAUGGGGAGGCUAAACACAGACAUGGCCGACAUUCAAGCAAGCUACCUGGAAAUCCCAGACAAUGGCUUUUGGGUGGCAGAGGCAGACAUCAACGGUCAGGUCAAGGUGGUGGGAAUGGUGGCGGUGAUGGGUCAAAGGGGGGUGGAAGAAGGGGAAAGGUUUGACGACUUGAACGGUGGAGUGAGCGGCACAGAGUUUGCUCAAGACGCAGGAGACAGAAGUUACGCCCGGAUGACUCAUGUGGUCGUGGCAUUCGCAUGGCGCCGCAGAAACCUGGGCUCGCAGCUCACACGGAAGGCUCUGGAUUUCUGCAAGGAUCGAGGCUUCUCCCGCUUCGUUAUGGCUCUUAGCUCGCCACAGACCUCGGCCAUUUCUAUGUGUCAAAAACUAGGCUUUGUUCAAACGUCAUCCUACCAUAACACCCAUGCUAAUCCCUGGUUCUCCAAAUUAGCAAGAAUAAAUGUGAUUGAAAUGGAGAAGUUAAUUUAAGAAAAAUGGACACUAGUUUGACCUCAACACCUGAGACUGAGCAAAUAGUUCAGUAAAGCAAGAAUACUCCAACUAAUUUAUGUUUAUUGUCAUUUUUAAUUCAAACCAUUUUC